GUUCUAAAAACACUGAAAUAUGACAACACCAUCAAAAUGUGCAGUAAACGUCCUAAAAGAUGCUUGUGAUCGAAGUCAAAGUUGGAUUAAUAAUCAUAUGGAAAAAAUAUCAAAUCGAACAAACAAGUUUUCAACUUUGAAAGGUGGUUAUAGUAAAAUGAGACCAAAAAUAUUUCCAAAAGGAUUAUCAACUUUUAAGAAUAGCAACAAAAACGAUUUUGAUCAGGAAGAAUGUGAUAACUUUUUGAAAAAACCACGAGUGCGAGUACAAAGUGUAGACGUGAUUGAUAUCAAAGCUCGUGAAGUCUUGAAACAACAAUUUAAUGAAGAAACUUAUAUUAAAUUUGGAACAAAAGAUCUGAAUGAUUUACAAGAAUUGAACGAAAUCCAGAAUCAUAAAACACAAAAGAAAUUGAAAGAAGCCUUACUCAUAAAUUCAAAUAUCGAAUUAAAAGUAAUCAAUGCAUGUGCAACAUCUAAAAAACCAAGUCAGUGGAAGCCGAAGAACAGCAAAGAAAAAGUGUAUGUAAAAUCAGUUGAUGACUAUGAUGAUGGUAUAAAAAUCAUUCCGAGUGUACUUCUUACAUAUCAAACCAAAUUUACAAAAAUAUCUGAUAAUACAAGAAGAUGUUCACUUCAAGAAAAUUAUUCAGAUAGUUCGAAAACGAUUGACAUAACACCCUAAUCCCAAAAGGAUAGGAUUUUUCAGAAAUAAUAAAAAAUAUAUUGUAUUUCCGAUGGCAACAACCUUUUUUCAAAAU